GAGGCUGAGGCUGUGGACGUGAUGUGGAUAUUUCGGCAGAAGGGGGGGUGGCACCAAGAGGUUCUGAAGUAUGCUGGCAAACAGGGCCAGGUGACCCACCUUCACAAGCAGGCUGAGGCCUUCCCAAGCGAGAUUCCUCGUGGCAACGCCUCCGUUCGGCUCACCAACAUGGCGGUCAAGGACCAGGGCAGCUAUUUCUGCUCUGUGAGCAUAGCCGGGCUCCACGGACAGCUUGGCAUUGACGUGGCUGUUGUGGAGGCCCCCAAAGUGACGAUCAGCCCCCAGACCCCAACCCUGACCUUGAAGGAAGGGGAGGAGCAGAAGCUGGCCUGCGACGUCAGCCGCUACUUCCCGCUAGAAGCCCACGUGCAAUGGCUGCGUGAGCCCAUGGAAGGCCGCAUGCUCCCCGAGGUGGUGAGAAAUGUCAUCUUCAGCAAUCACCGGCAGAGCAGUGACGAAACCUACAGCUUCUCCAGCUACUUUCUACUGAAGGCCUCACUCCGGGAUGAUGGUGUACGCUAUACCUGCCGGGUGGAACAUGAGAGCCUGCAGUUCCCCAUCAGGAAAAGCAUCACGAUCAGGGUGACAGAAAAGUCUGGGCCGGGGUUGUGGCUUCUAAUCAUCUUUGCAGUCGUGAUGACUCUGCUUGGGUACUUUUUGAAGUAUCUGCACCAAGUGAGAAGCAUGGACAAGAGAAAGCCUUACUAGGAAUUCAAAGCACAUGCUGGGAAAAGGAGAGACAGAGAGACCUUUGGAAUUCAGUGGCUGAGAGCCACCCAGUGCUGUAUAAUUAACAUACUCUUACAACUUGGGCUGGAAAGACCCUGAAGAAACAUGGGUUCUAGCCAUGCUAUUGUGUGACAACAGGCAAGUCACUAGACCUUUGUGAGCCAGUUUUCUCAUUUAUAAAAUGAGGAUAAUGAGACCUACAAGUAUGAGUACCUCACCGGAUUGUGAGGAAAUGAGAUAAUCUACGUAAAGCACUACAUAAAGUGUUAUCUAUUGUUUAGGGUCAUUGUUGAUAAGGACCGACGAGUUGACAUUCAUUCAUUGAGCAAACCUUUAGUUACCAGUCUAGAAAACUCUUCUCCCCAUCCUGCCAUUGUGUUCACCUUGGGCCAGUUUCAGACCUUCUCUGCUCUGCCUUCUCAACCCUUAACAUUGUCAUCUGACAUAUUAAUUUGACCUGCCAUCUUCCCUGCUUUGGACUCCCAGGCCUUUCCAUCUGCCUAGGCAGGGGACCUUUCAGUCUUUCUAUUUGUAUCGCCAGCACUUGGCACAAAAGCUUUUUAAUUCAUUCAUUCAUUUUUCAUGUACGCACUGGCCUUGUGAGCAAAGCCUACACGUGUGAUCAGUAGAACCUCACGUUGGGGUCAUGAAGGGUUGCUGUGAUGUCGGUCACUGGCAGAUCACCCCCGCAGCCCACCUCAAGCCCACUCAGUACUUGCUGCCCGUUUUGCUCAGCUUGGCCCUGGGACCUGCCUUGCUGCCGUCUAGCUUCUCAGCCCACUCUGCAGCCCAUGCCAGCGAUUACCAAUGCUUCCAUUCAUAACACGGUUUCUAUGGUGCCCGCCACUCCUUUUACGGUUAUGUCACCUAACAUGGUUGUUUUUCUGGACACCUUCUGUGGGUACCCCUGUCGUAGACUUUGUGAGCUAAGCUUUUGGUAAUUGAGAAUUAAAGAAAGCAUGCUGUGUUAAUGUCCUAAAUCCAUAGAAUCCACCCACAUGCCACCUUCUCCUCCCACCAGAGCCUCUUAUAGCGUGGUCUGUUACCUCCCUACAGUGUAGGGAAAAAGCAGAAAGAGUCCUGUAGGGGCAGUUGAAAGACCUGCAUUCAAAUUCCUCAGAUAUUGACUUGCUUUCUGAUCCUGAGAGAGUCACUGAAUUUCUGAGCCUCAGUUUCCUCAUCGGUACCAUGGGAAUAACAUCAGUAUUGUAAUACCUACCUCAUAGGGUUGUUGUGAGGCUCAAAUAAAAUAGUGUUCUGAAAAACCUCUA